AUGUCAGACCUUCUGCCCACCAACUUCGUCGGUACCGCUUCGGCUGCCGUGCAGAGCACAGACGGGAAUUGUCGGGUCUACUUUCAGCACAAAGACUAUAAUAUCUACCAAAUGAUGUUGACCGACCCAACAAGCACUAGCUAUAGCCUCCAGAAUCUCAUCAAUUCUCCUAUGCCCGCUGCCCGUAUCAACACGCCCAUCGCAGCCAUAUCGUGGAAUGAGCUGCAAGAGAUCCGCGUGUAUUACAUCACUACCGAUAGUCAGGUGCAGGAGAUGUACUUCUCCAAAAGUGGUGGUAUGCACAAAGGCCAGGUCUUGGGCACCGCGGUUGAGAGCAGCGCCUUCUUGUAUGCGCAAAUCGCAGUCAAGCCUCGGAUUGUGGUCAGGGUUGGGUUCCAGUCAGCCACUGAUCCCAAGACUAUCACCGAAGCUGUGUGGGACAAUGGGUGGAAGAACCGUGUGCUCUAA